CUCGCGAUAAGCACACUACUAAUAUCCAAGGUGAAUGCGAUGCAGUGAAACUUAUACAAAAAUGAAGGGGGAAUUAGAAAAUAACGUCGCUAACGCCAAAACGAUGGGGUCCCUAUUCCGGAGCGCCGAAAUGACGCUCUGCCAGCUCUUCUUGCAGAGCGAGGCGGCAUAUGCUUGUGUGUCGGAGCUGGGGGAGUUGGGUCUUGUGCAAUUCAGAGAUCUCAACCCGGACGUGAACGUGUUCCAAAGGAAGUUCGUCAACGAGGUGAGACGAUGCGACGAGAUGGAGAGGAAGCUGCGGUAUCUGGAGAAGGAGAUCAAGAAGGAUUUGAUUCCCAUGUUGGACACGGGGGAGAAUCCGGAGGCGCCGCAACCAAGGGAAAUGAUUGACCUGGAGGCCACUUUUGAGAAGUUGGAGAAUGAACUGAGGGAGGUCAACCAAAAUGCUGAGGCACUGAAGAGAAAUUUCUUGGAACUGACUGAGCUGAAACAGAUCCUUCGUAAAACUCAAGUCUUCUUCGAUGAGCACGAGGGGGGCGUAAACCCUACUGAGUCUAUGACCAGGGCCCUCAUUAGUGACGACUCUAUUGCCCGACAAAGCACCCUCGGCCCCGUGCAAUUGGGUUUUCCGGAAAAACACUUUGAACCAGAGGAGUUCUUGCCAUGCUUUGUCGCCGGCGUCAUACUACGAGAAAGGAUCCCUGCAUUCGAACGCAUGCUGUGGCGUGCCUGUCGCGGCAACGUAUUCCUCCGGCAAGCUGAAAUCGAAACGCCCUUAGAGGACCCCUCCACCGUAAGUGGAGACAAUGUAUACAAAUCGGUUUUCAUCAUCUUCUUCCAAGGUGACCAGCUCAAGACAAGGGUAAAGAAGAUUUGCGAGGGUUUCAGAGCUACUUUGUACCCAUGUCCUGAAGCGCCCGCUGAUCGCAGGGAAAUGGCGAUGGGCGUGAUGACCCGCAUUGAAGAUCUCAACACUGUUUUGGGCCAAACUCAAGACCAUCGUCAUAGAGUGUUGGUGGCAGCCGCCAAGAACAUUAAGAACUGGUUCGUGAAAGUCAGGAAAAUCAAAGCCAUUUACCACACUCUGAAUCUGUUCAAUUUGGAUGUUACUCAGAAAUGUCUCAUCGCUGAGUGUUGGGUCCCAGUUUUGGAUCUAGAGAACAUCCAAUUGGCUCUCAGAAGGGGAACGGAGAGAAGCGGCAGUUCAGUUCCUCCGAUUCUAAAUCGUAUGGACACCCUGGAAGAUCCGCCAACUUACAACCAUACGAACAAAUUCACUUCUGCUUUCCAAACCCUAAUUGAUUCCUACGGUAUCGCAUCGUAUCGUGAAAUGAAUCCAGCCCCUUACACUAUUAUUACUUUCCCAUUCUUGUUCGCCGUUAUGUUCGGCGAUUUGGGACACGGUUCUCUCAUGAUGCUGUUCGGUCUUUGGAUGAUACUUAAGGAGAAGCCGCUCAUGGCAAAGAAAUCCGAUAACGAAAUUUGGAACAUAUUCUUUGGUGGACGUUACAUUAUCUUCCUGAUGGGCGCGUUCUCUAUGUACACUGGAUUAGUAUACAACGAUAUGUUCGCCAAAUCGCUGAAUAUAUUCGGCUCAUCGUGGAAGGUAAAUAACAUAAGUAGCCGUGAUGCAGUCAAAUUGUCAGGUUACUACAUGCUUGACCCGGCGGACGGCAAAGGAGAGUUCCUAGGCUACCCCUAUCCUAUAGGAAUGGAUCCGGUGUGGCAGCUGGCUAGCAACAAAAUCAUCUUUCAGAAUUCGUUCAAAAUGAAGAUUUCCAUCAUUUUGGGCAUCACACACAUGUUAUUCGGCGUUGCCAUGAGUCUUUUCAAUCACAUGUACUUCAAAAAUACCCUCAGCAUUGUAUGCGAAUUCAUUCCCCAAGUUAUCUUCCUGGUGUUCCUCUUCUUCUACAUGGUCAUGCUCAUGUUUAUCAAAUGGUUCAUGUACUGGGCUACUAAUGACGAGAAACUAAUCACCCAAAGUACCCGAUGUGCGCCCUCCAUCCUCAUCACUUUCAUCAACAUGAUGCUCAACAAGAACACCCCGUACGAGGACAAGUGCGAGACUCCGUACAUGUACGCGGGCCAGGGCGGCUUCCAAAAACUGCUCGUCUUCUGCGCGCUGAUCUGCGUGCCGUGGAUGCUGCUGGCGAAGCCGCUGAUCAUAAUGCGCAAUCGCAAACGGCAGGCGCAGUUCAGCGCCGGUCACCAGCAAAUCACGACCACCGAGAACGGCGGAGCUGAUGGCGAACUGCCGCUGCACAACAACACGGCCCAACCGCCUGCCCAUGGGGGCGGACACGGUGCCCAUGACAACGAGCCGAUGGGAGAGAUCUUCAUCCAUCAAGGCAUCCACACCAUCGAGUACGUGCUCGGUUCUGUCUCUCACACCGCCUCGUAUCUUCGUUUGUGGGCCUUGUCUCUCGCUCAUGCUCAAUUGUCUGAAGUGUUGUGGAACAUGGUCCUGAACAAAGGAUUAGGCGUAGAAGGCUGGUUUGGUGGUAUAUUCCUGUACAUCAUCUUCGCUUUCUGGUCUUGUCUAACCAUCUCUAUUUUGGUACUCAUGGAGGGUUUAUCUGCCUUCUUGCACACUCUGCGUUUGCAUUGGGUCGAGUUCCAGAGCAAGUUCUAUUUAGGUGCUGGUUACGCAUUCCAACCAUUCUCGUUUGAGAAUAUAUUAGAUUCCGCUUCUGCAGCAAAGGAAGAAUAAGUAAAUUAAUUAAUUUAAUAAACACCCAUAAUUAAAUCAUUCAAUUGUGACAGAAUAUUUUUAUUUAAUUUUUUUAUUUGUUAAAUAGAUAAACUAUCUCAACCAUAUUGUGUUUUUAUAUUUCACGUAGAAAUAAAUGUUUUAGAGUUAA